AUGAAAUAUUAACAAAGAAUGAUAGACAAAAUUCUCAUCUUGAUUCAUAUAGAGCCAAGUUUCAAAUUGCUGGGUAAACCAUUCUUAACGGUGAUUCUUCUUUUACUUAAGAACCUACUAAUAGAAAUAUCUAUGAGAGUAUUUCUUUAAAUUAAAAUUCAUAGCUGAAAGAACCGAUCAUUAGANUUAACAAAAUUGAAGUUGCUUAUCCCUUAAUCGAAAAUAUGAUUGGUUUUAAAAAAUUAAAAAAUAUCGUUGAUUAUACAACAAUUCCUAUUUUAGUAGGAGUAUUGUUAUCUGGAGGUUGGGUUUGUUUAUCAACGGUAGCAUUAUCACAUACUGUUACGUAAUGGUUUCUUUUAACAGGAGCCACAUCAUCAUUUGCUCUAAUUUCAUCCAGUUUAGUUGAUAAAUUAUUAAAUUAUCUGUUUUAAAAUUAAUACAAGAAGUGGAUCAAAUUAUAAAAUUGA